CCGCCAUCGUUGUUUCUUCCUGUUGUGUAAAUUCGCUCUACUGCUUUGUGAAAAAUCAAGCCUUCUGUGCUUUUCUUUCUCGUGCUUUGAGAUUUGGACUCUUUCUAGUAGCCGUUUAGUUGUCAUUUUUCUAUAAGACCUCUAGUAGAUUUGGAAAAAGUGAUGUCUUCUGGCGUAAACCAGCAGCGAAUGAAAGAGCAGCCUGGAAAUCAAGGAUCUGGUACAUAUAAAGACAAUGAAGAUUUUGAUGGUUAUUUCCACAGCCAACAGCAGUACAAUAGCAACAUGGCCGAUCCGUACGUAUCAAACUACUACUCUGGCGGUAUGGGCUUUCCCUACAUGAGCCCUGGAAUCAACGAUGCAGGAGCCUGGUCAAGUGGAGGCGAUCCCAUGGCGUUCCUUAGCUAUGGAGGCGAGCAGCAGCCGGGUCCCUACGUGUCUGACGGCAUGUUCGGCCAGUCGAGUUUCGGCUACAGCCAGCCAACCGGCUUUAAUGUGUUCCACGGAGGUGACUACAACACGUGGGGAAGCGCCCGGCCCGCGGCGCGCGCGGGGCAGGGUUACCGUGACGACUACUACGCCGACUACAACAUGGCCAACGGCAUGGACCGUAACACGGCUGGUAUUAAGCAGGUGGAGCAGGGAGUGAGUGGGCUGAGUCUGAGGGACAACGCCGCGGCGAAGGACUCCGACCGCAAGGCCGAGGUGAGCAAGUCGAGCGACUUCGGCUCGCAGCCGCGCUCGCAGCCGAAGAAAACGACGUGGGCGUCGAUCGCCAGCCAGCCGGCGCGUUCUCAGCCGAAAAUGAAACCGAAGAGCAUCCCGCCGGCCCCGAUGCUGCCCGGCAAGAGCUUAGAUAUCGGCACGUGGGAUAGCAAGAACAGCAUGAGUAAGCCGAUGGGCGGGAUGCAGUCUCGACAGGCUUGGGGCGGGCCGAGAGGACGCGGCGGCGUUCCCGGUGCGUACAGCCAGAUGCCGACGCCGCAAGUGAUUCCUGGCGUUAGCCAGCAUCAGCAGCAACAGCAGCAGCAACAGCAGCAACAGCAGCAGCACCAGCAGCAGCAGCAGCACCAGCAGCAGCAUCAGCAGCAGCACCAGCAAGCUCCGCCACAGGCGCGCGAGCCUCGACCCUCGCAUCCGCAGUCUCUACCCCCGCAGCAGCAGCAGCAGCCGCAGCACCACCACCAGCCGCAUCAUCAUCAUCACCCGCAGCAGCAGCAGCAGCCGCCGCAGCAGCAGCAGCUGCCCAGUCAUCCUCCGGCGCGUGAGGACUUGCACCCUGUGCUGGACAAGCUGCACGCGUCCCAGGAGUACAACCCGCACGACUUUGACUGCAACCCGAAGGGUGCGCGAUUCUUCAUCAUCAAGAGCUACUCGGAGGACGACAUCCACCGCUCAAUCAAGUACAGCAUCUGGUGCAGCACGGAGCACGGCAACCGACGUCUCGACCAGGCGUUCAAGGAGCGCCACGGCAAGGGACCCGUCUACUUGCUGUUUAGUGUGAACGGUAGUGGCCACUUCUGCGGCGUGGCGCAGAUGUUGUCUGAGGUGGACUACGAUACCCAGAGCGGCGUCUGGGCGCAGAGCAAGUGGAAGGGACAGUUCCAGGUGAAGUGGAUCUACGUGAAGGACGUGCCCAACAGUCAGCUGAGGCACAUCCGUCUCGAGAACAAUGAGAACAAGCCCGUGACUAACUCGCGCGACACGCAGGAGGUGCCCUUCGAGCAGGGCAAGCAAGUGCUGAAGAUCAUCUCGCUCUACCUGCACACCACCUCCAUCUUCGACGACUUCAUCCAUUACGAGAAGAGGCAGGAAGAGGAGAGCAUUAAAAAGGAGCGACCGGAGCGUUGCGAUCGACCGAGAAGGGAUAGAGACAACCGUGACAUGCGUCACUAAACUCUGACGUCGCGAGGUGAAACAUUAGGUGCACGAAUGAUGACGACAAGAACACCGUAUCAUGCAACUAAAGUGACAUCCCUCGAAUAGCUUGACGUUUACGAAUGUCAUCGCAUUCUUUAUAAUCGUGGGACUGUAGAGCUUCACUGCAAAUUUUACGAUAAUUGAGCGCCAUACUACUUUGAUUUUGGCGCGUGGAUAUAUAACUUUAAUAGCAUUAGCCGCCGUUGGUUAUGAAAACAACUAUGUUACAACUUAGUGUUAUAGCGCGCGUGUGUGAACUUGGUGAUGUGAAGGUAUUACUCACAAUGUAUCAAUCCAUUAAUCCGGUAGUGACUUUUGGACCUACUCUUCAGCAGUUCAACAAACUUCAAAAUAUUAACACAAGGAAGACAGUUCUCGACGUGCAUAUUAUAAAACACAAUAUUAUAUUUCUUAUUUGUGUAAUGUUCAUCGGAGACGUGAUGUGGCAACGUGCUGGUGAGCGAGCGACAGGGACGACAACAGCGCCAUCUACAUGCUGUCAGGUGCAUUGUAAUAGACAUCGGGAGCACAAUGCAUCUAUUGCACUACAUUAGUGGCAAGGUUUUCAAACUCGAGAGCUUCUACAGAGCAGAACAUUUUUAGACUCAAACGCGAAAUUCGACUGUGUGCAUGGUUCGGAUGAAUGUAGUGAAUCGAUCGAGCCCGGCCGCCGUCGCCGCCAUGCUGCUUGUGGACUGUGGCUGUGUUCACGGCCGUACCGGCAUCGCCCGUGGGUGAACUGAUCGUCGUGUGUCGUAUCGGCAAGCUGUGAUCUGAACCAUGCAACGAUAGUAGGUCCGGGCAGUACGUGGCCCAGGGUGCGCACGGCCGCCGCCGCUUCGCGCCGUCGUCGGCGGUCGCGCGCCGACGAGUGGACGACCGCACAACUACCGAGUGUUGAUAGUGUAAAUUUGCAUCGACGUUGCCGACUCGCAGCAUUGGCACAUGACUUCUCGGCGACGGAGAGACGUGCUUUUGUUGUUGUUGUCGUUGUUGUGACUGCGAUCGUGUCCGUCACCGCCCCUGAGCUCGGCGCUCCAGCUACACAUCUCCACGAGACCGCACGCUGCAGUAUGAGUAUAUCCAUAUUAUAUAUUUAAAAAACGGUAAAUAAUUGUUUUCGAUCGUAUCCGUGCUGCCAGUUGUUUGUCGCGGCCGUGCCGCGGCGAGCACUGCGGGCCACCACACAUCGUGAUUAUUUGUUUCUUAUCUCGGAAUUUGUAAUGACGGUGAGGAUGCACUGGCGCCACCUAUGCUGGUGUGCGCUGUGUCUGUUACGUAUGUGGCCAGGAUAUCUUGGCAUAAGCCACCUGUGUGCAUAGCAGGCAAGGUAACGGGCUUUGAAAUAAUAUGCCUGUAGAGCGAUACAAAGCUCUGAGCAACAGCAUAAACGCGUGGGCAGCAACACGGAACGCGUGGCCAGCAAUACGGAACGCAUGGGCAGCAACACGGAACGCGUGGGCAGCAACACGGAACACGUGGGCAGCAACACGGAAUGCAUGGGCAGCAACACGGAACGUGUGGCCAGCAACAUGCAACGCUUCCCGAUCCCAUUAACAAUAUAUAUUUUUUAUAUACUAAUUUUGAUUGCAUCAGCAACACUAAAUAAUGAUUUCUCGUUCAUAAAUUCAUACUACCCGAAACAUACAGUUUCAAUGAGACUUAAGAAAACAUAAUUAAGAAUUCGCUAUUGCAACUGAAUUGCAAGAUUUACUAUCGUUUGAUGUCAAUUUCUCACUAUUUAAAGGAAAUCAAGGUGAAAUUGAAUAAUUUUAUCCACAUUCUGAUGUUUGCUGUCGUUAUUUGCCAAGAACUGGAUAAAUGUGAUGUGUGGAGGUUUGUUUUGUUGGCCAAGGCAUUGUGAGCAUUUGCAGGUGUCAAUAAAGUAGUGUAACAUUAUGAUCUAACAAAA